UCACUGUAUCAGAAAAUAAACAAUUUCAAUGACUUUUAAGGGCUGCUUUUACUUCACUGACGCGACACAAUGGGUGUAGAUGUUGAGCUUCCUGCUCCAUUCGGAAUUAUUCUCUUUUGCGGCUGACAGUUUUUACGAGAAACCUUCUUCUCUUUGGAUCACCUUUUUAUUAUAUUGUUAUUUUUUGUUUGACUUGGAGUAAUGGCUCUUUACAGCUUAACCAUGGAACAAACAGGACCCAAGAGAAAAAGGAAGAGAGGAUGUAUUGUUGGAUGCCUGCUCGCUGUGCUUUUGUGGCGUGUUGCCUCUGCGCAAAUGCGUUAUUCAGUCCCUGAAGAGGUUAAUGAAGGGACUGUGGUCGGAAAUAUAGCAAGAGAUCUGGGAUUAGAUAAGAGCAUGCUAAAAGAAAGAAAAUACAGGAUCACGUCCAAUGUCCCAGAUCCCCUCUUCCAUGUUAAUCAGAAUGACGGAGUCCUUUAUGUUAGCAGAAAAAUUGACAGGGAAGAAGUGUGCGGGCAAAGCACAUCGUGUUUAAUAAAUCUCAAAACCGUGCUGGAAAAUCCGCUGGAGAUUCAUUACGUAGGAGUAGAAGUGAUGGAUAUAAAUGACCAUUCUCCCAGUUUUCAAGAUAAAGAAAUCAUGAUGGAGAUUUCGGAGUCUGCGUCACCGGGGGUACGCAUUCCGCUCCCGCCGGCUCGAGAUCCAGACGUCGGUUCUUUCGCCGUUCAGCAGUAUAAAGUCAGUGCAAAUGAUCACUUCCGAUUGGAAGUGAAAGACAAAGGCCAAGACGGUAAAAUACCAAUUUUAAUUGUGCAUAAAGCUUUGGACAGGGAGACAGCGAGAAGUCACUCAUUGGAGUUAACAGCAGUAGAUGGAGGAAAACCUCCGAAAUCAGGACACAUGCAAAUUACAGUGCAUGUUUUAGACAUUAAUGAUAACGCUCCUGUUUUCGCCAAAUCUGAUUAUUCAGUAAUGCUUAACGAAAAUGCUCCAAUAGGUACGAUAAUUGUGCAAGUAAAUGCAACUGAUUUAGAUGAGGGCACUAAUGGAGAGGUAGUUUACACAUUUAGCAGUAUUGUUAGUCAAAGACUAUUAAAGCUUUUUGACAUAAAUCCGUCAACAGGCGAGAUAAUUGUGAAAGGCAACAUUAACUUUGAGGAAAGGGAUAAAUAUGAAAUUGAAAUUCAGGCAUCAGAUAAAGGUUCAGCGCCGCUAUCAACCCAGAAGAGUGUGAAUAUUAAUAUAGUUGAUGUGAAUGACAAUGCUCCGGAGAUUGAAGUUACCUCAUUUUCCAGGUUGAUUCCUGAAGAUUCUCGUCCGGGAACUACAGUUGCUCUUAUCAGUGUAAAUGAUUUGGACUCUGGUCUUAAUGGAAACGUAUUAUGCUCGAUAAGUGAGGACGUACCUUUUGCUUUAACACCCUCCUCACGGGAUAAAAUGUUUUCAUUAGUGACUAAUUCCCCUCUCGAUAAAGAGAAACAGUCACAAUAUGUUAUAACAGUGAGAGCGAAGGACGCGGGUGAACCCUCACUCUCAUCUGAAAAACGUAUAAACGUUGUGGUGUCUGAUGUGAAUGACAACAGUCCAGAGUUCUUAUUGAGCCCGUAUAAUUUCUAUAUCGCAGAGGGCAACAAUCCAGGAUCCCCCGUGUUUUCUGUUAAAGCUUUUGAUCAGGACGAUAACGAGAACGCACGUAUUUCUUAUCAUAUCAUCAGAAACGGAAUUAAUGAUAGUAAACUAACUUCGUUUCUUAAUGUAAAUUCUGAAACUGGAGAGAUUGUGGCACUACAGUGUUUCGACUUUGAAACUCUGAAAACUUUCCAGUUCCAAGUUGUCGCCUCAGAUUCUGGGUCUCCGUCACUGAGCAGCAACGUCACAGUGAACGUGUUCAUUCUGGAUCAGAACGACAACGCUCCAGUCAUCCUGUAUCCAGUCAGCUCCAACGGUUCUGCUGAAGGUGUGGAGGAGAUUCCCCGCAAUAUGAACGCAGGACACUUGGUGACUAAAGUCAGAGCCUAUGACGCUGAUAUAGGAUAUAACGGCUGGUUGCUGUUUUCACUGCAGGAAGUUACUGACCACAGUCUCUUUGGUUUGGACCGCUACACAGGACAGAUCAGAACACUUCGCUCAUUCACAGAGACAGACGAGGCUGAGCAUAAACUGGUCAUACUGGUCAAAGACAAUGGCAACGUUUCCCUCUCAGCAACAGCUACUGUGAUUGUCAAACUGGUGGAGCCCAAAGAGGCUUUUGCAGCUUCUGAUGUUAAAAGUGCAGCAAAGGAUGAUGAGGAUAAUAAUGUGACUUUUUACCUGAUGAUCACUUUGGGCUCAGUUUCAGUUCUGUUUAUCAUCAGUAUCAUCGUGCUGAUUGCAAUGCAGUGCUCCAGAUCCACAGACUAUACUUCUAAAUAUCUCCCAGAGACUAAUUAUGAUGGGACACUGUGCCACAGCAUCCAGUACAGAUCUGGAGACAAACGGUACAUGUUAGUUGGACCCAGGAUGAGUAUAGGAUCUACUAUAGUACCUGGAAGUCAUGCAAACACACUGGUGCUACCUGACAGGAGGAGGACAUGUGAAGAGGUGAGCUAGGCACUUGAAUAUUCUGGCUUUUUUUACACAGGUAUCGUACACUCCCUGGUCCUGCAACUUAUUCCCUGCAUAUAUUCAUUGCUAUUAUAUUUUUGACAUCAGACUGUCACAGACAUGUUGCAAUAGCUUGAAGAUGCUUUUUAAUUUAAAGGUU